UCACACCUUCAGGGAGUAGACAGCAGACACCUGUCGCGCAGGGAAGUACUCCCGGGGAGGACAGAGGAGGAGGAUAGGGAAGGCUGAAGCUCCCGGGUCCUCCUCCAGCGGUGGCUUCGCUCACUGAUGUCCUCCUUUGCUGCUAUUUCGUGUCUCACCAAGACUGAGAGUAGUUCAGCAUGCUCUCCCAAACAAAAUCUCUUCCUUUCCCAACACACAUACAUACACUCAAACACACGCUCAAACCUUUGCUAAAAACUCUACCUUGGAUGAUUCUGGGCUUGUUCCUCCCUUUCCUCCACCCUCUGACUACUUCAUACCACCUAUUUAAAUUCUUCGUAAUGAUGUUUUCCAUGCCCUCGCUGGCCUAAACCCUCGGAAGGCUUAUGGACCUGAUGGGGUCCCUCCUAUUGUUCUCCGAAACUGUGCCUCCGUGCUUGUACCUUGCCUAGUCAAACUCUUUCAGCUCUGUCUGUCAACAUCUAUCUUUCCUUCUUGCUGGAAGUUUGCCUACAUUCAACCUGUUCCUAAAAAGGGUGACCGUUCUAAUCCCUCAAACUACCGUCCUGUUGCUUUAAUUUCCUGCCUAUCUAAAGUUUUUUAAUCUAUCCUCAACAGGAAGAUUCUUAAACAUCUAUCACUUCACAACCUUCUAUCUGAUCGCCAGUAUGGGUUUCGUCAAGGCCGCUCUACUGGUGAUCUUCUGGCUUUCCUUACUGAGUCUUGGUCAUCCUCUUUUAGAGAUUUUGGUGAAACUUUUGCUGUUGCCUUGGAUAUAUCAAAAGCUUUUGAUAGAGUCUGGCACAAAGCUUUGAUUUCCAAACUACCCUCCUACGGUUUCUCUCCUUCUCUCUGUAACUUCAUCUCAAGUUUCCUUUCUGACUGUUCUAUUGCUGCUGUGGUAGACGGUCACUGUUCUUCUCCUAAAUCUAUUAACAGUGGUGUUCCUCAGGGUUCUGUCCUGUCACCCACUCUCUUCUUCUUAUUCAUUAGUGAUCUUCUAAACCAAAUUUCUUGUCCUAUCCACUCUUACGCUGAUGAUACCACCCUGCACUUUUCCACGUCUUUUCAUAGACGUCCAACCCUUUAGGAGGUAAACAUUUCACGCAGGGAAGCCACAGAACGCUUGACUUCUGAUCUUUCUAAAAUUUCUGAUUGGGGCAGAGCAAACUUGGUAUUGUUCAAUGCCUCAAAAACUCAAUUCCUCCAUCUAUCAACUCGACACAACCUUCCAGACAACUAUCCCCUCUUCUUCAGUGACACUCAACUGUCCCCCUCUUCUACACUGAACAUCCUUGGUCUGUCCUUUACUUAUAAUCUGAACUGGAAACUUCACAUCUCAUCUCUAGCUAAAACAGCUUCUAUGAAGUUAGGCGUUCUGAGACGUCUCCGCCAGUUUUUCUCACCCCCCAGCUGCUAACUCUGUACAAGGGCCAUAUCCGUCCAUGUAUCGAGUAUGCUUCACAUGUCUGGGGGGUUCCACUCAUACUGCUCUUUUAGACAGGGUGGAAUCAAAAGCUUUUCCUCUCAUCAACUCCUCUCCUCUAACUGAGUGUCUUCAGCCUCUCUCUCACCGCCGCAAUGUUGCAUCUCUAGCUGUCUUCUGCCGCUAUUUUCAUGCUAACUGCUCUUCUGAUCUUGCUAACUGCAUGCCUCCCCUCCUCCAGCGGCCUCGUUGCACAAGACUUUCUUCUUUCUCUCACCCCUAUUCUGUCCACCUCUCUAACGCAAGAGUUAACCAGUACUUUCAAUCAUUCAUCCCUUUCUCUGGUAAACUCUGGAACUCCCUGCCUGCCUCUGUAUUUCCACCCUCCUGUGACUUGAAUUCCUUCAAGAGGGAGGUUUCAAGACUUAUUCAUCAAUUUUUGAACACUGCUUUGACACUUUUAUGGGACUGGCAUUUCAGUGGGCAUCUUUUUUUAUUGGAUUUUUGUUGCCCUUUGCCAGUGUCCUUCCUACAUAAAACACACACACACACACACACACACACACACACACACACACACACACACACACACUUUCCUUGGGUCAUGCCAUGUUUUCUGCUACGUACUAGCCCCAAAUCUUGCUCUUUUAAUCACAAGCUCUUAUUGCUACACUCCUGACUACCUGAUGCAACUUAAGUACAUUUCAUUAUUGCUUCGCAUUUUAAGGAGUCACUAGCGUAAUCUUUCAAACAGUUUCUGAAUCUAACUUGUUGUUUCUCUAUCGUGCAGUUUGGAAGGGAAGAAUAGUUGUGGUGUUUUGGUGCUUCUGACGCUGUGUUUCUCGUGAUAUAUCCCUCUGUUUUUGUCCUCAGAAGCUUAAAUCCUGUUCAAGACUCUAUUGUUUUCAGCCCGUUAACCUUGCAAUGUCACUCAUAUUUAAGACUCGCUUGCUUUCUUGAUUAUGUUUGAUGGUGUUCUCUCUUUUCACCGGACAGGAGACGGAGAUAUGGAAGGGCGGACAUGUGGAUUGACAGACAAGCUUGGACAGGAGUAGCAAGUGUGACGGAGACGAGCAGCAGUUUCAUCUUUAUGGCGGCGACACACACACACACACACACACACACACACUGUCUGUAAAUGCUGUGCUCUCUGGCUCAGUAGUGAAGACUUGUAUAUAAUUGUUAUCCCAGAGAGAGAGAGAGAGAGAGAGAGAGAGAGAGAGAGAGAUUACUUUCUUACAUUUAUACAAUAGCUGUAAGUAUAUGGUCUAAUCUUCUUGUUUCCCCCAUCCAAUCUUUCCUCGCCGCCACCGUGUUCUCUCCUCGCUCGCCCUGCAGAUCCCACCUCCACUGCCACGCCGGCGCCGCCCACCAUGCCUCCCACCGAUGUGUUCACCCAGCGCUAUGUCAACACCACCACCAAGCACUACGGGGACCUCCAGGACCUGAUGACUGCCUACAACAUCACGGACAACAGGCAGAUCGUAGCGGGGCCCCUGGGCUUUGGGAACGCCGUGCAACUCGACAAGAGCCGCAAGCAGUGCCUCAUCAUACAGGACACAGAGGACACCAAGGACAACACCUACGACCCGUCACUCGCCACAGAAGGGUUCAGCCUCAGUCUGUGGAUCAAGUCAGAGUACACAGAGCAGGAAUUCUUUGACGCAAAAUUCUAUGACAAAUAUCUCAAGGAGUGCUUCGUGUCAACAGGAGGAGACACGAUGGGGCACAAGGGGGUCACUAUCUACCAGCAGGGGAUCUUCCUCAUAGCAGAGGUGAGCACGGGGUCCCAGUACUGGCAGGUAAUGGUGCCCGGCGCGGUGCCCCAUGACAAGUGGACCAAUGUUGGCGUGAGAUGGGCUGCCACGGUAGGACUUGAGCUGGCAGUGAACAGUGAUAUCAAGUCGAUGAUGAAGCAUCCAAAGACCACCACAGCCUCCACCGACACGCCCGUGCUGGAGACAACCAUAGGCUGCUGCAGGAACCACGACUCAGAGACUCAGUCUCUGUUCCUGUACGAUGGGUUCUCAGACGUGGAGGUGGACGAGUACAGCUUGUGGGACCGCUAUCUGGGAGGCAAUGACACAAUCUACUUCCUGGGAGGCUAUGUUGGGGAGCCUGCAUACUUCACGCCAGACAUCUUCAAGAGUCUACUGCAAAGCACAGACCUGGAGAAGCCUGAGCAGCGAGCGAUGGCUGUGGAGGUGCUCAAGGGGUACAUGACGCAUAUUGAGGCUCAGGAGAAGGGUGACGAGGACUAUGAGGAGUAUGCAGAAGGUGAAGAGGAGGAGGCUGUGGACGCCCAGAACCCAAACACCACUGCAGCAGACGGAGCAGCAGCUGCGUCGAAGAGCCAGCAGUUUCAGGACCUGGUGUCGAUCACUAUGCAGCUAAGUCAGAAUAGCGGCCUGGAGGAUGUGCAGACGGCGGAGGACACGCGACGGUCCCUGGAUAUUCUGUUCAUGGCGGGCAAGUUGCUGAAACCGAAGCACAGGAAGGACUGGAAGAAGCUGGCCGAGCAGGAGGACGGGAUCUCUGCCAUGGAGUUCGCGAGUCACCUGGAAAAGUUCAUCCUUAACAGUGGUCUUGCCCACGCCCGCAGCGAUCGCCCCUCCCCGCGCAUCGCUGCUGCCUAUGACGGUGUCUGUGUGCAGUUGAACGUGAUCACGGUGAAAGACCUUGUAGGACCCUCUGAGGACUUCGCCACGCCCAUCCACCUCGAGAGUGACGCUAACGAGGAGGCGUGGACCAAGUGUAAUGAUCACGUGGAAAUUCCCCGGGACAUGUUUACUGACGAGCGGUGCAGUGACAGGAAGGCAGUGAUCGCCAGCUUCAUAUACACGACUCUCCAUAAGAUACAGGGACACCCGCUGCCUGUUACUGCAGGCAAACUGAAUCCCAAGGUGGAGAACUUCAUAGACUCAAAAGUGGCAAGCUUCCGCGUCGCCGUGACUCCCGUAAUGCGCGCCUCUGGUAAGGUGGACCCUGCUAUGCCGCCCUGCAACCCAAACCCGCUGAAGUCCAAGCUGAAGUCGAACUUUCACCACUUGUCCACAAUGCAAACCUCGAGACGCCACCUGCUCUUCCACGGCAACCUGACCACGAGCAAGCUGGAGGCGCGGCGGUGCGCGUGGUACAACCCGAAGACUGGCCAGCACGGGCAGUGGGAAGGGGAACAGUGUCGCGUGUGGCAGAGCUUCGAGGGCGGCACAAAGUGUAUGUGUCGCAAGCAGGGCAUGUACGCCGUGGUGGCUGAGAUGGUGGAGCCGAUGGUGGUGCCUGAGAAGCCAGAGUGGCUGGUGGUGGUGCGCUACGUGCUGUACGGCCUGUCCGCGGCCUGCCUGCUCUUCUUCAUUUUCGUGGUGGCCUUUGCUGGAGACUUAAAGGAGCAGUUCCACCUGAUGGGGCUGUGCCUGGCGGCGUACCUGCUGGCGGGGAGCAUCUUCAUGGUGGUGAGUGACGCGGAGGAGGUUAGGACAGACCGCCACGCCUGCACGGCCAUCGGCACACUCCUGCACUUCUGCUACCUGGCAGCGGGAGCGUGGAUGGCCAUGAUAGGGCACGCCUCCUUCAGGUGUGUCACGUCAGGCAUCGUGGGCGGCAGAAUGAAGCAGUAUGGCUACUUGUCAGCCGGGAUGCCGCUCGUGUCCGUGGGAUGUACCUACACUUUCUUCCUCUACGACCUUGGCAACGACCCCCGCUGCUUCAUAUCGUGGUAUGACUCGCCCAAGGAGGUCUUCUUUGCUCCUCAGAUAAUAUUCUGCUGGGUGGCUCUCUUCUGUGCCCUAGUGAUCUUCUUCAACCUUCACACGGCGGCCUUCAGGAACAAGCCCAGCAUGGAGGACUACCGCUCGUUCAGCCUGGGCGCCUCGCUGCUCAUCGUGUACUUCAGCCUCACGUGGACCCUCGCCGUGGUCACCUACAUCGACUUCGAGCUGGACGUUGACUUCUACCCUGUGUUCCAGAUCCUCAACGGCCUCAGCGGCGUGAUGCUGCUCGUGUGUUUGGGCGCCUGUUCCUCCCGCUUCAGGAUGGUGCUGGCUGGGCAGGCUAAGCUCAAGCUUCGCAACUCCUCGAAUCGCUCGGAUGGUGGUGGCGGUGACGGAGGGCGAGACACUGGUGUGCUGAUCCCACCGCCUGCUGCUUCACCGCGCCGCUUCGCCCCUUCUCCCCGCCGAGUCGCCCCGUCACCCAUUCCUUCUACCGCACCCACUUCCCUCUCUCCUUUGCCGAGUCGCCCGCCUUCCUCCAACACUCUCGAGGUUCCGGGAGUCCGGCCCAGGAGCACCGCCUCGCUGAUUUAGACAGUCACCAGCCCUGUGUCUCCCUCCCCUCGCUGUGCAGUGGUCGCAGAAAGAGUGGCGAGUACCCAGCAACAUUCACUACUGGAGAAGAAGAGGCAGAAGUAAGAGAGGUGGCGGGAUGCGUUAAGGAGAAAAAAAAAAAAAAUUUGAGACGCUUCGCUCUCUCACCAAUGAUGAGUUGCCGGGUUCUCAAGAGUGAUUUUCCUGCUAAUAAUCUCAAAAUCUGUCACCGUAGAAAAAAAAAAAAUAAAAAUAAAAAAAUAAGCGUCACUUCAACUAGAGCCUUUGGAAUGUAGUGGAGGUGCGGCGAGGAAGUGUUUCAAAAUAUGAGCCAAAAAAAAAGAAAGAGAUAGAUGUCGAGAGAAUGAAGACAGCCUGGAAACAUCGUCAUGGUGUUGUAAUCGUGCCCUGAGUCUUUUGGUGAGGGUUCGAUCCCCUGUAUAAGAGAAAGGGGAGACAAUUUUCAUACACAAGAACUGCAGACUAAGGAGAAAAAAAAAAAAUUCAGGAAAGAAAAAGGAAAAAGGAAAAAGAAAAGACAUAUCACUUGGCUCUCCUCCCCCCUCGCAAAAAAAGAAAGAGGAAAAAAAUUGCAAGGAAAGAACCCUAGUAAUUGCAAUAAUAAACCAAGCUGAGUAGAUUUAUUAUCAGUCAAAUAUAUAAGUUAAAAUUUCUCGUGUGCUUUUUUAGGGCGAGGUGAUAUAUUAAUAAGCACCGUAUACCUUCAUUCUUGAGACUUUCGACCACGUAUAUGGGCUCUUGUCACGUGCUACUAACCAUCACUAAACUCAGCUUAGUCUCAGUUAGGCCAAAAUAUCACUGUACAUUUACGCCAGCAGUCUGUUAUGUUCCACCUUCUGUACUCAUCACACGAACGGAUAUAAAAGGUAUGGCUAUAGUGAAAAGUUACUCUACUAAUUAUAUCUCGCAGUUUUGGCGAUUACAGGUUGCAUUAUCGUACGCUGGCAGCCUUUCUAUUAUCUCUAUUCGAAACCGUAUAAGUAGUCAUUAUUUAUUACUUGUAGCUCCUUAUUAUAUAUUAUUCAAAAUCUAGAAAUUGACUAUAUUUAUGGAUAUUCACCACUGCUGACGAUAUACUGGGUUAAUAGUAAUAAUAAGCAUUCAAAUAUCGUACCUCAUGGAUGGGGUCGAACGAUUGUGUUGCUAGAGUACGAUGAUGCAACCUUCACACCCCAAGACCACGACAAAGAGUACUUCUGUCAUCUGCGUAUACAUUCACGUUAGGUACGCUAUAAAAUAACAAUCUGAUGCUCAUUUGCACGUUGUGAGAGACGUUCAUGUAAAUUAACGAGCAUAAUAAUACGUGUGUGAUUUGCAGAAGACACGGAGUGGUGUGUAACGUAAUCUAAGCAACAUGAAUUAGCGGAAGCUGAACAAGUACUAUCAUACGAAAAAAAAAAAAAACAAGUAUCGAAUCUUAAAGGUGAAUGACUAAGUCCACAUUAGUAAACAAACAAUGCCUCGUAGAAGAAUGUAUUGUGAUGUAUUAAAAAUUAUUGAUAAACACGUAGUGGUGAUUGUUCCUUGGAAAUUGGAGGAAGAAGGAUGUGUUGAUUAUAUAAUAGUCAAGGUACAAAUUUCCCACCAGUCUAAUGGAAAUCUUGAACCAAUAGUCAAGCAUCGCGCAGCCGCAGAGCUUCUCUCCCGCUCCUCCAAGGACAAGGCACUGAUGGAUCAAAGGUUCCUUUUUAGACGGGUGGGAAAUUGUCGAAGGCCGUGUUCAUUCUAUCGGGGAGUGCACGACUGGCAAACACUGUUAUCAUAUCCCAUUCCAAUACACAGGCUGGAAAGGAUGAGCGGCAGGCAUGGAGGUGACAUCAUAAGCAAGGAAACGAAGGGUAAACAUGAACGAGCAGCUGCCCGUGAGUGAGCUUGAGCGAAACUGUCUCAUCUGGUAGGUGGUGCGAAACACUAAAGGUUUCCCACACAAGGUUAUGUUUUCUUCUUCACUGUGCUGGGCAUGGUGAAACACCUCGCACCUCGCAGUCCACUUACUGUUUACUGAACGACCUUGACUGCCCGACGGAACCACUUCUCGAGCGGUGCGGACCAAGGUUCACACCGAGCCAGGCGACAGAUGGGGUAGAGGAGCAGCAGCAUCAGCAAGACUUGCCGGUCGACGGAGCGAAUGUAAGAAGUGUGCCAACUGUCCCCGGUUUCCCCCACGUUGUCAUGGCGCAAGUGAUUGACCUCGCGCCACUUAUCAGGCAGCUUCUCUUGAUGUGUUCUCUGAGACGCCUCAGAACACUGCAACAGAAUGAGUUCCCGAUGAACAAUGCCGCGAAUGUCAAAGAAAAUGGAGUGAGGUCAACCCUCAUCCCUUUGUCUCCACACGCCUGCCCUGGCAGUGACCUGAGCCGGCAGGCCCAGUAAUCACGCUACUCGGCAGUCCUUGUCCGCCUGGCCUCUGUGGCGGACAUGUGACUCCUGGCAGUUCAUCAUAUUAUUAUUGUACAGUUUUAUUAUAUCAAUAUACGGCAACUGAUUUCU